AUGCCCCCGAAGAAGAUCGACGACCGAGUCCUCUUGGACAGUUUCGAAAACAUCGCGGAAAGACUUGAUUCGCUCAUCAAGUCAGCAAGAACCAACCUCGCCGCCCCAUGUCCCGCAGAGACUGCCAGGAUCCUCAGCUCGGCCAUUCUUCCUCUGGCCAAUGAUCACAAGCAGGCUUACAUCGAAUGGUUGUCUUCUUCUCCCGCUUGUUCCGAGGAGAAACUUUUCAGCGUCAAAAAGGCGCACAACGAAACGGCGAUGGCGUGCGACGAUAUCCUGAUAGCGUUGAGCAUUGCCGCGGGCCCGACGACAACUCCUCCCCAAAGCGAGACGCGUAAAGAACGUCUUCCGAAACUCGAAUUUCGCGCUUUCGACAAAGCAAAACCGAAGUUGUGGUUCGAUCAACUUGAAAUCGUUUUAAUGUCUUCAUCGAUCGACACUUCCGAACAGAAAUUCGCAGCCCUCCUCCGCCUCAUGGAUGACUCGACAUCCUCCCUGCUUGGAGCCAUCACCAGAGCGAAGCCACCGACAGCCUAUGAAGACGCCAAAAAUCUGUUGAUUAAAGAAUUUUCUUUAUCCAAGUAUGAUAGGGUCAAGGCGUACCUGGAAGCCUCUCCCGGCCCGGACGAAAAACUAUCGAUGUUUAACGCGAGGGUGGAAUCGAUCGUCGAGGAUCUGUCGCUCGAUGACUUCUUCAAAUUCUGCCUUCUUCGCCAUGCACCGUCAGCUGUUCGUCUCCAGCUGUCCGGCUCAAAUUUCGAGAAAGCCUCGCUGGCCGACCUCUUGAAAGAAGCGGACUCCCUUUCUCAGCGUGCGAACCUCGACGCUCAAGUCGUCGGAGCGUUUCAAGCAAAAGGAAAAAUGGACAAAAAAGUUUGCAACUUCCAUCGGAAAUUUGGCAAGGAAGCCCAUACCUGCACGGGCAAGACAAGAUGCGUCUUCUGGAGCGAAGAGUUGCGCCAAGUUGGAAAUCGCCCGGAUCAGAAGGGAAACGAUUCCGGCAAGCCACCGAGAGGGUAG